CACGACCGCAUUGAAAACUACCGGCAAUGCGAUCUACAGGUUGAUGCUAGGUGUGGCACUUAUGUCGGUUCGCAUCAACGAGCCGAAAAAAGGAGCUGUACAAUAAUUCCUUGUAAAAAUGAUGGAGUCGCUGGCGCCGGAGUAGUCCUCUGGGUCGCGUUUCUUUCCCGGCGGCUCCUAUUUUGUUGCCACAAGUCGCGACUUGAAAUCUAGAACCCGAACCAGACACCUACAGCCAGCAGAAGAGGAGGUUCUGUCUUCCACUACGACAGGGACCACCGCACAGUGUAGAUCUACAAGUUCCGUCCCCUUCUAUGUCGGGCGGCGGCGGGGACCCCCCGCCUGCGGGGACGGCGGAGGGCGAGGCGCUACUCGCGAGUCUGUCGCGGGCGGGCUUCCCGGGGGCGCACCAGCACCAGUCGCCGCUGAUCUCGCCCUCGAGCACGCUGAAGGGCAUUCCAGGCGGGUUGAGCGCCAUAUCAAAUGUAAAAGUGUCUGGGUCUGGAAGAUUGCCAGGUUUGGCAUUCACAUUUUGCAUGACUCCUGAUGUCUGUGAUGCAUGCCCUAGCAUCACAGAUUUUGUGAGGGCUUCCUGUUGCUUAUACCGCAUGACAAAUGCUCUUUCUGUGUAGCAAAACUUGGACUCUCUUUGCUGUUCAUGCAAUACAGAUUUUUUUAGAAUCCAAAAUCAGCAUGACAAGUUGGAUUCUUCGAGACCCAGACAUUUUUACAGUUGAUACGCCAAGCUGCAGAGCGAUGCGUCGAAGAUCUCGAUCGCCGACCUGGAGGAGAUCCGGCUGCUGGCGAUAUGGAGUGCAAAAGUAUCGUACUCGUAGUAAUCGCAGACAUGCAUUACAAAUCUUGUUCUCAAGGUAAAUCCGCAUUACAAAUACGAGUGCGAUACUUUUACAAUGCAUGAGCAACCCAGCCCAACAAUGAGGAAACCAUCGACGGGGUCGCGCGCCCGGGCCGCAACCUGUCCGCGAUGGAGGUCACGCACCCGCCCUACCAAAUUGUGGUCAUCUACAACCAGAGCCGCCACGCCUCCAACAGCGUGCUCGCCGACGUGCGAGCGGUUUGGGGCCAGGCGGUGAUCGUGGUGCAAACCGUGGAAGACAUAUCAAAUGCAAGGAUUAUGUCAGGGUCUGGAAGAAUGCAAGUUUAUAGUCAUGCUCGCCCAGCAAAAGAAUCCUCAAGCCUGUCAACAUGCACGCUAGUACUCAAGCAGACUAGAGCGCAAGUUUUCUUUCAUGCACAUCCGCAGUUUGCCAAAUGCAGAAUAGACAACACGUAGCAAGUCAAAAUAAACUUGUCAUGCUUCGUCGUCAACUGAAGCGUCCUCAUGAAGAUUUUCGUCCACCCCUGCAUCACAAGUUUUUCAGACCUUGAGGGAUAUUUGCACUUGAUAAGACAACGCGGUGAGCGAGUCGACCGAGACUACAACGAACUCCGUUGCCAACAACCGCCUCCAGGGGGUCGACGACGUCAUUCUCGUGCGGCCGGGGAAGUGGGGCGACCUGGACCACUUCAAGGAGCGCAUGGUACUACACUGAUAGAAUACAACCGGGAUCAUAUUGAUGAAAAUCUCGACUUUAUUUUGGAAUAAACUACAGGAAGAACAGGACUACUGAAGAUUCAUUUUUGAUGUGUGCAUGAUGAUGAUGAUGAUGAUGAUGAUGAUGAUGACGACCACACGUGCUGCGCGACGAGAGCUUUUUUUUUGUGUGACUGAUAUGCGUUCCUCGAUCAGUAGUUCCUGUGUCUACUAACUCAAUCCGCGCAAGUUCGUGGUCAAGAACAUCCAAAAAAUAAAUUCGUCCAAUUCGUCUACUAGGGUCACUACGAGACACAGAAUCCGUGGUUCUGGCAGGCCAGGCGGCACGGCGAAGUGGUUUUCAUGGCGGGGUGGUCGGCGCUGGCCGAAAGCGCGGAGACGGGGCGCAUCGUGAAGAACAAACUGGGCCUGGUGUGGCCGGGCACCGAUCUAUGGAUUGCAAAAAUGUCUGGGUCUGGAAGAAUGCAACUUGUGAUGCGCAUUUCAGAACACAGAAAGAUCUCUCAUGCAUAGGUAGCAAAAGCUGCCCACUUUCUGUCACCAAAAUGUGGGAUUUGUCAUGCGGAUUCGGCAUUGCGGAAGCUUCUCGAAACCUGUGAUGCUAGAGCUUCCAUGUCAGACCUUCUGUGUCAUGCAAAAACAGCAUGACUCUUCCAGACCCAGACAUUUUUACAUUUGAUACGAUCCGGACGUGAGCGACCGACUGGAGAAGAUCGGCAUGAAGCAGAUCUUAUCAAAUGCAAAAAUGUCUGGGUCUGGAAGAUUCCGAGACUUGUCAUGCAGGUUUUCCAUGAUCCAUGUCAUCUGGAACGCAGCACCUAGCAUGAUAGAUUCUGCGGGAUCCCUAUCAUGCCUAUCCUGCGUGAGAAACUUCCUCUCAACUUCGUCAAAAGUGGGCAACUUUUGGCAUUCAUGCAACACAGAUUUUUGCAUGAUCCAGAAUUAGCAUCACAAGCUCCGACCUUCCAGACCCAGACGUAUUUGCAUUUGAUAGAUCUGCAAGAAAGUGGGCGCGCCCACCCCGCCCUUCACAAUCCUGUCCGGCUAUCGGGUGUAAAAUAGACGUCCCCACCCCAGGAGAGUUGUCUUCACGAGGAAAUUUGCAGUUACAGAAGCAGUUGUAAGUAAUACAAGAAACGCGCAUUUCCAUCAUGAGAGGCAUUUUCAGUCGUGUUUUGGUUUUGGAAUUUGUGUUGCAGAGGUCCCAAGGAUUGACUCUUGGGUGGGGAGGACGUUGUUACUCAGGAUACCGGCCAGGACUUCGUCGCGAACAUCGCUGAUGAGGCCUCGAAGAAGGCGCUGAUCGAGAAAUUUGUAGGCCAAAUAUUGGAAAUGAACACCGCGGUGCCAGGAUUGGUAUUAUUUGCAUUUUUAUCUAGUUUGACAGCACUUAUCAAGAACCGAUAUAAGUAAUUUCUUCUAGAAGAACUAUCCAAUGUUUACUUCACUUUUAGGUUCUCCCACGUGAUUGGGAUGAUGAUAGAUGUUGAGGCUUGGUGGAGUAGAUUGCGUAGCUAAAAAGAACUUAUCUAUUGGUGGAGUAGAUUGCGACCGUCUGUUCGCGAACAACUGACGUCGAACUUAUCUAUCAGGUGAAAAGUAUUCACGGUGGUGGUGGCAAGGGGAGUGCACAAGUGGCAAACCCGCGGUCGCCGGACCAGGUUCGCGCCGCGGUGUCCCAGGUCUUGAACGAGAUGAAACGGGCCGACGGAGUGUACUUCGAGGAGAAAGUGAAUCACGACGGGGACGGGCGAUUCUACCAGUUGGAGCUGGAGCUGGACGGCACCACCGUGGCUAACGGCGGGCGGUUCGUUUGGUUUAAUAUGCAUAAUGCAAAAGCAUCGCGUUAGUUGUAUAAAUCGCAUGACAAAGUUCCUCAGCAUGAGAAAUGAAAUUUGUAAUGCGGCUUUGACUUGAGAAAGAAAUUUGUAAUGCGUGAGCCGGAUUAGAAGUACGAGUGCGAUACUUUUGCAAUGCAUAUUCAACAAACGCCUGCAAAAGGUGGUGGAAAUCGGACUCACGGACCAGUAUUUGAAGGACUUGUCGGAAGCGCACGAUAGCGGCUACGGCGACGAUCUGCCCUACUUCAUCCCGUGGAAGCUGUACUCCCAGGCGCGGCAGUGGGCCGCCAGCAUCGCGGCAGAGGCGGGCAACAACACCCGCGCGACGCUGGAGGGCCUGGUGUGGCGCGAUAAGGAAAAAAAAUUCCAUUUCGCUUUCAUCGAGUGCAACCGCCGUCCCCAGGUGGAAAACGAGGCCCUAGCGUACAAGGAUGAAAACACCUUCGUUCGUUGUCGUGUCGUGUUUGUUUUCUUUGCGAACUUGUGGUCCGGGUCCGGCAGUAGUAGUACUUCGAGUCGAGGAGGGGGGCCUCACACGCGGGAGGAUUGAAUUUCAUUUUUUUUCCUGUCAAAAAGAGGUCCGAGACGCUCGCCAAUUUUCAAAAAAGGCCCAAAAAAGUGGCCGCGCUAUCGACGAGCAGGUCCCCUUAGCGCCUAUGCCGUCAACUCUUUCAAAUUCGCCGUCAAUUCGUUUUCGACCACGUGUGGACAUGAUUCUAUUUGGACGAAGUGUUUUCAAUUGCAUAUCAGGCUGCUAGAGAGAGACUCUUCCAACAACCGACGCUAUACAUUCGCGGAACUGAUGAUGCGAGCAAAGGGAUACCCUGGUAAGUACUACAACGUCUUGAUUGAUGCGCUAAUCUGGAUUCCAGUGUGAAAAUAGCCUCCCAUAAAAGUCGUAAAGUACUACUACGCUGAUAUAAAGUUCUUUCCAGCCGUAUACAACUAUUCACAUGCUUAUACCACUUUUAUCUAACACCGAUCCAUCGUGAAUAAACAAGGUUCCAACAUCUUCCAGCCGACGCGCAUGCGGAACGUGGCGUGCCACGCUCGCUGGCUGCAUGGCGACCCGGACGAGAACGGCAUGAUUACCUACAAGCCCGGCGAGGUGGUGGGGAUGCAGGGACCCCAGUUUGCGUUUGUGCGUUCUGAGCUGAUGCCGGCGGGGGAGAUCUCCUUCACCAGCGACCCGCAGCUGGGGAAAGUGGUCAUGUUGGCCGAGAACUGGCAUCGGAUGUGCGUGAACGCAGAGCGGUACUUCCAUAUGGAUUGCAAAUAUGUCCGGGUCUGGACGAGCGCAGGAGUUAUUUGUCAUGCAGAUUUUGUAUGCUCGACGAGGACUGGAAUGUAGGUUAUAGCAUGACUGGUCUUGGAAAGGCAAAGGCUUUGCAAUGCAUGUGAUCCCGCAUGAGAAAUACCGUUUCAGUAUGGCAAAAAAGGACCAUGUUGUGCUGCCUGCGCAAGAUAAAUUUUUGUGUGAUCUACAGGACGCAUGACAGGUUGCAACCUUCUAGACCCAGACAUGUUUGCUGCAGUGGAUAUUCCAGCUGCGCUAUCCCACGAAAAAACUGUUUCACUGUGAUGAUCUUGCAAGAUCUGCAUCACAAGUUUGUUACACAUGACACAGAAAAUUUGCCAUGCGCGCUUCCCAAGGGAAAAGACGCUGAAAAAUCCAAUGUGCUGCAAGUGUAGCAAGACAAAUCGUUCUGUGCUCCAUUCUCUGCAUGACAAGUUCACAGUGAAACAGUUUUUUCUUGCGAUAUGCGCCGCCCGCUGGUGCUUGGCGAGGGCAGCAAGUACGCCGAGUGCAUGCGAAUAUCAAAUGUAAAAACGUCUGGGUCUGGAAGAAUGCAACUUGUGAUGCUGCGUUUGGAUUCCAAAAAAAUUUGUAUUGCAUGAGUACUAAAGGAAAUGCAACUUUUGCUACGCUGAGAAGGCAUUUGUCAUGCGGAAUAGGCAUCAAGAAGCCCGCAAAAAAUCUGUAUUGCUAGGGUAUGGAUCACAGACAUCAUGGCUCAUGCAAAAUCUGCAUGACAAGUGUCAGAAUCUUCCAGACCCAGCAGACAUUUUUGCAUUUGAUAGCGAAGGCUGUUCGCCAACUCCGAGUUUCAGUCCGGCCGGAUCGCGAGCAACGAGACCUUCUCCGCCAUCGAGAUCCCGAACGACCAGCGGGUAACCUGCAGCAGCACCGUGCGCGCCAUGCUGGAGGGCCCCGUCGCGGACGUGCUGGUCAACGGCUACCGUCCGGGGGAGGGGAUCGACCCCGACCGGUACCCUACGGAAAAGGUGCUGCGCGCGGUGGAGCGCUUGUGCGUCCGGUUAAACCGCGAGGAAGCCCCGCCCCGGACCACGGUUUUCACCAAAUUCAGUCGAGGGGAGGCGACGUUGAGCGAAUACCUCGACGCACUGAGAGUGCAGUUGGACGCCCAGGGUAAAUAAUGAUGAACCUAAGUACUUCGACUUAGUUGUAGAAGUACACGUGCACGUGUAGAAUAACUUGGACUCAAUUGUACGUACAACUUGUCCACUUUCAUUACCUACGAUUGUCGUUGGGGAUGAGAAGUGUACUAACAUUAAUCCUAUUUGUUUCGCCAGGUGGCGGUUGGGUGACGGUUGCCCCUCGGGACACGUGCCAGCAGGGCAACGACUCCGAGUCUGCCUCCGUGCAGUCGCUUUCGCGCAAAAACGCGGAGAUUUUCGGCGAGCGUGCGGGCUGCGUCGGGUUUGAGAUCGGGGGUGCCCAGUUCCAAGCCGGGCUGAUCCGGGGCCUCGAUCCGGCCAAGGUGUUGAAGCUAGGACUGCCCUACAACGUGCCCGCCUUCUCCCUGCAGCGGUCCCAGUACGUCAACGGCCUCACGGAGCUGCCGGAAAAUGUGCGCAGGAAACUGUUCGACGCGACCGCGACGCUGACCUUCGAGCACUACUUCGGGCCGGUGCUGGGCGGGGGGGAGGGGCCGCUUACCUCCGGCGAAUCGAAG